UUAUCGAUACUUGAUUGGGGACCAUCGCUAGCUUAGGCAAUCAGUGGGAAGUCUCGCCAGCAGCAGCUCGAGUUGCCCUGGCUUUGGAGCAAACUGCGUCGUUUGUUUAUGGGCAAUAACAACUCAGUAGCAUCUAAAUAAUUCACACGUGCAGUUCGCCAGUGUUGGUUGAUAUCGAAUAAUCUUCAAUAGUCCCGUAUCCAUUAUAACCGCUAAUAUGCCUAUGUAAAAUGAACGCAUUGCGCAAUUUAUUUACCUCGCGUACGCUAAACUAUCUACGCCAAAAUGGACAAAACGCCAUCAUCAAUGCCACACAGCAGUCGUCGCCUGUGCCGGUCUCCGAUCUCGAUGCGGACAACAAAUCGCUGACGGAUUGGCAACGAGCAGCAGCAGCAGCAUCGCUCUCCAUACCGAGAUCGAUAAUCGACGCCUGUCGCUUUACAGCCAAGCCGUUCGACAUCAACAAUGGUAAAGCGGGCGUCAAGGCGAAUGGUUCAUUGUCGCCGACAACGUUGAAACGCUUCCGUCGCAUGCAGCGACGCAUGGAGAUCGUGUAUAUGUGCAAGCUGUGCAACACACGCAACACGAAGACCAUCAGCGAGGAGGCCUACUACAGCGGAGUUGUUAUCCUUCAGUGUGAUGGCUGCGCCGUCCAACAUCUGAUCAAGGACAAUCUGGGCCUGUUCGCCCAUGGCGAAAGCAUUGACGAGGUGCUCUCCAAGCGACAGGAGCGCGUCCGUAUCAUCAAAGUGAACGAGCAGGGCGAACUUAUCUAGUUCCAUAGUUCUAGUCAUGACAGCGACGCAGUGUCGUCGUGUCACCACCAACCGGAUCUGUCACAGACAAGCAGACCAACCGAGAAUGUGAAUGAGAAUGGGAAUGAAGAGCCAACAAUUUAAACAACGAUUAUUGUUAUUUUCUUUAUUUUUGAUUUGGUUUUCUUUUUGUUAUGUAAAUAAUAAUAAGUAUGAGAGCCGACGGCUAAAUAUAAUUUGUUAUCUCUGGCCAAACCAGCCAUGAGUAAUUUCAAUCGAACAAAA